UCUACUAGUUUGCACGCAUUAUACACACAUAUAGAUAUAAAUAUAUACAGAGAGGUUGUCUUGGUCAUUCGUUUAGCAACCAUCAACCAAUACACCCGCAAACUGAGACCGUCUACGUUGACGACGACGAUCUACACCACGACAACACAACUAUAAUAUAUAUAUCAGAGCAGACGAGUACCCGUGCGGAUUCACUACACAUCACAUAACGUGUGUGCCACUCAGCCGCUCACGUACACGCAGGUUGUUUCCAACUUUUCUGCAAACUCUAUAUCGCGCCUAAAAAUUUAUUUAAUUUUUUUUGUUAAAAAAGUAUUUCUUCUCAAAAGUAUUCAAAAAUUAUUUUCAAUCAUUUAAAACAAUUCAGUUUUCUUCUAAAUCUUUAUUGUUUAUCGAUCAAACAACCCGCGAGUUUUGUGAAGAAUAUUUGUGAGUGUUAAUUGUGAAUUUAAAGAUGACAGACACUGAAGAAAUUAAUAUCAUUUAAAUAAAUUAAUUAUUGUAUUAUUAGUAAUUGUUUUAAAAAUAUGAACUCCAAAAAUGGAUAAGUGUAAAUUAACAAUUGAAGAAAAAAAAUUAAAUAGCGCCUUGUGGCGCUUUUAUAAUAAUAACUGAUGAUGCGAAUAUCAUCAUUUUUAAUAACACGAGGACGAAGACGCAGACGAGGUUUAUCGACAAUAUAAAUAUAAUAUUUAUUUAUUUAAUAAUAAAUAGUAAAAUGUAUAAAAAAAUAAUUAUUACCUCGUUGCUUAUAAUUUUCGGAGCAUUCGACUUAACGCCUUUGGCGAUUAAAAACGCACCGUUUAUUAUAAUGGCUGUAUCAUCUACGACAACUAGUACAAGAAGAAAUUAUAAUAGUAAUAAUAGCAAUAAUAAUAAUAAUAAUAAUAAUAAUAAUAACGGGGGUGGUUGUAAUACGUGUAAAAUGCAUGAAGAAAUAAGAGCGUUAAAUUUAGAAGCUAUUAAGGAACAAAUUCUUAACAAACUGGGACUUAAGCAGGCGCCAAAUAUGACGGGACGCGCAUUGCCCAAAAUACCCCCCAUUUCAAAGCUGAUGGAUUUGUACGGGAUGCAAGCUGACGAGCCUGUCGUCUUAAGGGAGCAGAGCCUACCUGGGACAAAGCACUACUACGACGAGAUAGACGAAUUCACCGCGAAAACCGAGAGUGUCUUUGCGCUUGCUCAUCCACGUUCUAGGUUGAGACACACCGAGCAAGAUUAUUUAAAUAUACUGUACUUUAAAUUUUCUGAUAAAAUAAUGCAGCACCGGGUGACAAGAGCUAAGCUCUCGCUCUGGAUUUGGGAAAGCAAGCCCAAAACAGAGGCAGAUAAAAAAGACCCAGAAGAUAAAGACAAAGAAGAAAGCAAGAGCCAUUAUUACAAUUACAAUCAUCACCACCAUCACCACCACAAUCAUCACCACUACCAGCGACAUUAUCACCAGCACGAGCACAAAGACGUGCUCUCGAUAACCCUCCAGAGAAUCCUCCCUUUAAAAGACUCAGACAACCCUCAAGAACUGUCUCUGGGCCCGCCGCUGAUCACCAAGCACCUGGUAGCCCGUCACCCCGGUGAAGAGUCAGGCUUCUGGGUGACCAUAGAGCUGGCCCGGAUGGUCACCGAGUGGUUCAGACACCCCAGGAACAACCUGGGCGUCGUUCUGAAGCUAAAUGACGACCAAGAAGCUGCUAGCAACGUCACUGGAACCGAAACCAGGCCGGACUCUGUCUGGAACGUCGAGACAAAUCCCGAGGCAGAGUUCGCCCCGUAUCUCGAGAUCCAGAUGCAAGAGCCAGAGUCUAAGCGCGGCUCUAGGGUCAAGAGGAAUGUCGGAUUGAAUUGCGAUGAAGCUAGCCAAGAGACCAGGUGCUGCCGGUACAAACUCACAGUCGACUUUGAGAAAUUCGGCUGGGACUGGAUUAUCGCUCCGAAAAAGUACGAUGCAAAUUACUGCUCAGGCGACUGUCCGAUGGCCUUCCUUCCAGCGUAUCCGAAUACACAUAUCGUGAGCUUAGCGGAGCCGCCGAAUAAUACCGGGCCUUGUUGCGCACCGAGGAAAUUAUCCGAAAUUACGAUGUUAUAUUUUGAUAAUGAAUAUCAAAUUGUAUUUUCUCGUCUGCCUGGUAUGGUCGUCGAGCGCUGCGGAUGCUCAUAAAAUUAUUUUUGUUAAAUUUUGAUUAUCUAUUAGCAAUUUUUUACGCUUUUUGUAAGUAUAUGUGAUUGAAGAUUUAAUUUAAGAGAAAAAAUUU